UCCAGCUUUGAAGCCGAGUGUGGUGGGAGAAGGUGAGCAGGAUCCGUGGCAUCAUGAAGGCUCCACAGCAGACAGAGGGACGCACUGACCAGAUGCUAGGAGCCAUGGGGGAUAUCCUAACAUCGCUGGCCCUACCCAGACAACCCUGGAGAUCCGUACUCUGUUGCAGGCAGUGAUGGCAGCAUCUCUGCCUCAGUGGCCUCAAUCCAACCACAGGCAUCUAGCAGCUCAGCUCCCAGUUCCCCUGCUUCCCGCCAUUCAGUUAGCACCCUCAAGAAAUGGCUUACCAACCCCGUGCGCAAGCUAAGUGGUGGUGGGCUACCUCGGGGAGAACGCCCACUCAGGAAAACAGAAGGCCGGACAAGGCGCCACGGGCGCCAGGAGGAUCGCAAGAGUAUUGACCUAGGCCUCCUCAGCCAACCAGAGGAACCCUUCGCUGUUCCACAGGAGUCAAUCGCCACAGAUGGCAAUACUCAUCUCCCAGAUCUUUCCUCGCUCUCCAACCUGCUAGAAGGAGAUGGCUCAAAAACACCCAACCAGGAUCCUGAACCCUCUCUGCUCCCCACAGAUCCCAGAACCCCAGAGUCUCCCAUGGAACCUCUUGUGCAGCCCCCACUCUCUGAGGAGCAGGAAGAGGAGGAGAGGCGUAGUGCCUUAGAAAAGAGUAUGUUUGUUCUCAGGGAGUUGACUGAAACGGAGAAGAUGUACGUGGAAGAUCUGGGCCAGAUUGUGGAGGGCUAUAUGGUGACCAUGAAUACCCGUGGCAUCCCUGAGGGUAUGAAGGGCAAGGAUAAGAUAAUCUUUGGGAACAUCCACCAGAUCUAUGACUGGCAUAAAGAUUAUUUACUCAAGCAGCUGGAGAAAUGUCUGGAGGACCCUGAUCUUCUGGCCGAGCUGUUCAUAAAGCACGAGCGCCGUUUGCACAUGUAUGUUGUUUACUGUCAGAACAAACCCAAAUCUGAGCAUAUUGUUUCUGAGUUUAUCGACACUUACUUUGAGGAACUGAAGCAGGAAUUGGGGCAUCGCCUGCAGCUCAAUGAUUUACUUAUCAAGCCCGUACAGCGGAUCAUGAAAUACCAACUGCUGCUCAAGGAUUUCCUGAAGUAUUAUAGCAAAGCUGGGAAGGACACAGAACAGCUGGAGAAAGCUGUAGAUGUUAUGUGCUUUGUUCCCAAACGCUGCAAUGACAUGAUGAAUGUGGGACGUCUUCAAGGCUUUGAGGGGAAGCUGACUUCACAAGGGAAGCUGCUGCAGCAGAACACUUUUUGGGUGAUGGAGCAGGCAGGCGGGAUCCUGGCCCGGGCUCGUGAGCGCCGCAUUUUUCUCUUUGAGCAAAUUCUCAUCCUAAGUGAGACCCUGGAGCGGAGGCGUGGUCCAUAUGCUGCCCCAACAUAUGCCUUUAAGAGCAGCAUCAAGAUCCUGAUUGAAGAUGAUGCCAGGCCGCUGCUCCCCGAUCCCGAGGUCCCAGAAAUUAAUGUCCCUCAAGGCAGUGCCCAACUUGCCAAACUUGACGAGAAUGAGCUGUGACCCUUGGAUUGCAGGAUGGUGGUCUCUGUCAGGCAGGCACUUCAGCUGGGGAUAUCUUAACACCCGCCUCCCUCUCUCUGGCUUCUCUGGAGGAAAGAGAAACGUGGCAACACUGGGGUGGAAGGUUUUGCUGUCCUCUGAUCCUGCUCAAAAUGCCCAGACUUCACCCCCCUUCCUUAUAUGGGUGCAGGACCCCAUAUUGGGAUCAGAGCAUAAUGCUGAAGGCCCUUCCCUAGACCCCAGUAUAUGCAUGCUGUGGGGCUCUAGGGGCUUUACGUGGGGGGCUCUUGGAUGCGGGGUUUCGAUUAUGUGAAAUGAGAAUAUUUUGUUCGUUGUAAUAAAAGAUUUUAAUUAAAAC